CCAGGUGUAGCUGCACAGACGGAGCAGCUUUGUGGCUGAAACCGCACAGGGGUUUUUACGCGUCUCGUGGCUACAUAAACAUGUGUUCUAUCAUUUGAAACAGUAGGCUAUCUGAAGCAUUUACUAUCGUAAAUGCCCACACUGGUGGAAGGUUGCAUCGGCGAACGUUUGGCACCAAUGUGACAUGACAUGGAUCGUGCCCACCACUGCCAAGGACUUUCUCUGUGAGAAUAGAUGAAAAAUUGAGAACGAUGUCAGACCAGGGUUAUGGCUUGAUGCUCUCGGCGGCGCCCCCUCUGCGUCGAGGCAGCACCCCCGUGCCAAUCAAGCACCAGCUGAGGCGGGAGGAGGCCGUCUCGGAGGACUACGAUUGGACGCCGGGCUUUGACGAGGCCGCCCCGCCGCCCGUCAUCUUCAGCGGGGCCCAGCGGGGGGAGGCCUCGGGGCAGGCCCCCCAGGAGCGCUACCACGGACCCCUACGCAUCGUGCUCCUGGGCCAGAACGGCGUGGGCAAGUCCUCCCUGGCGCUGCUGUUGGCUGGCCAGUCGGACCGCUCCCUGUCCCUGGACUCCGAGAGCUCCAGCGGCGAGGGCUACCAGCGCCGGGUGACACUGGAUGACGAGGACAGCACCAUCCUCGUUUACGACAACUGGAAGCAGGACCUGUCGACGCUGCAGUGCGAGGUGGUCAUCCUGGUGUUCUCGCUGACCGACCGCCGCAGCUUCCACCGCACCUCGCAGCUCCGCCUGCUCCUGAGGGAGACGCAGCCCCACACGCCCAUCAUCCUCGUGGGCAACAAGAGUGACCUCGUCCGCUCGCGGGAGAUCAGCACCGAGGAGGCCCAGUCCACGGCGUCCAUGUUGGACUGCUUCUACCUGGAGCUGUCGGCCUCGCUGGACCACCGGACCUCCGACCUGCUGGACGGCGCCGUGCGGCUGGCGCGGGGCCACAGCCUGGGGCCCGACUGGCCCGACGGCGAGUCGGGCGGCACCGGCGGCGGCGCCAGCGGCGGCCGCCGGGAGAGCCUGACCAGCCGCGCCAAGCGCUUCCUCUCUGGCCUGGUCCCUCGCGCGCACGGCCGCGAGCGGGAUCGGGACAGAGAGCGGGAGAGAGACCUGAGCCGACACCGAGGGAGUCGCAUGAUGAGGCAGAAGUCCCGCUCCUGUCAUGACCUGAGCGCCAUGUGAGGCC